GCCUCGAGCCGGACUCUAGAGUCUUCCGGUAGGCGGCGCGGGAGGAAUCAGAGGCUUGAGGGGCAGGGCCGGGCCGGGCUGGGCAGAUCCGCGCCUCUUCUAAUGUGAGCAGUGUCCCGAGUGCCCGUCAGGCGAAAGCUGCCCGGAGAGGUGGAGCCGGUGGCCGGGCCGGGAACAUGAGGCAGUGUGUCCUCUUCCUGGCCAGCUUGGUUCCUUUCAUACUGGCGCCGCGACCGCCGGACAAGCCGGGCUUCGGCUCCCCCCAGCGACUCGAAAAGCUUGAUUCUUUGCUCUCAGACUACGAUAUCCUCUCUUUAUCCAAUAUCCAGCAGCACUCUGUAAGAAAAAGGGAUCUGCAAGCCUCAACACACUUAGAAACACUACUAACUUUUUCAGCCUUGAAAAGGCAUUUUAAAUUAUACCUGACAUCAAGUACUGAACGGUUUUCCCAAAAUUUCAAAGUCGUGGUGGUUGAUGGGAAAAAUGAAAGCGAGUACCCAGUCAAAUGGCAGGACUUCUUCAGUGGACACGUGGUUGGUGAGCCUGAUUCUAGGGUUCUAGCCCACAUAGGAGAUGGUGAUAUUACAAUAAGAAUCAACACAGAUGGGGUGGAAUAUAAUAUAGAGCCACUUUGGAGACUAAUUAAUGAUACUAAAGACAAAAGAAUGUUAGUUUAUAAAUCUGAAGAUAUCAAGAAUGUUUCCCGUUUGCAGUCUCCAAAAGUGUGUGGUUAUAUAAAGGCGGAUAAUGAAGAGUUGCUUCCAAAAGGGCUGGUAGACAGAGAGCCGCCUCAUGAGCUUGUCCAUCGGGUGAGGAGAAGAGCUGACCCUAAUCCCAUGAAGAACACGUGUAAAUUACUGGUGGUAGCAGAUCAUCGCUUUUACAGAUACAUGGGCAGAGGGGAGGAGAGCACAACCACAAACUACCUGAUAGAGCUCAUUGACAGAGUUGAUGACAUCUAUCGAAACACUUCGUGGGACAACGCAGGCUUUAAAGGUUAUGGAAUACAGAUAGAGCAGAUUCGCAUUCUCAAGUCUCCACAAGAGGUAAAACCUGGUGAAAGGCACUACAACAUGGCAAAAAGUUAUCCAAAUGAAGAAAAGGAUGCUUGGGAUGUGAAGAUGUUGCUGGAGCAAUUCAGCUUUGAUAUCGCUGAAGAAGCAUCUAAAGUCUGCCUGGCACAUCUUUUCACCUAUCAAGAUUUUGAUAUGGGAACUCUCGGAUUAGCUUAUGUUGGUUCUCCCAGAGCGAACAGUCAUGGAGGCGUUUGUCCAAAGGCUUAUUAUAGUCCAAUUGGAAAGAAAAAUAUCUAUUUGAAUAGUGGUUUGACCAGCACAAAAAAUUAUGGUAAAACCAUUCUUACAAAGGAAGCUGACCUAGUUACAACUCAUGAAUUGGGUCACAAUUUUGGAGCAGAACACGAUCCAGAUGGUCUAGCGGAAUGCGCCCCGAAUGAGGACCAGGGAGGAAAAUACGUUAUGUAUCCCAUUGCUGUGAGUGGCGAUCAUGAGAACAAUAAGAUGUUUUCAAACUGCAGUAAACAGUCCAUCUAUAAGACCAUUGAAAGUAAGUCCCAAGAGUGUUUCCAAGAACGCAGCAACAAAGUGUGCGGGAACUCCCGGGUGGACGAGGGAGAGGAGUGUGACCCUGGCAUCAUGUACCUGAACAACGACACCUGCUGCAACAGUGACUGCACGCUGAAGCCGGGCGUCCAGUGCAGUGACAGGAACAGUCCCUGCUGUAAAAACUGUCAGUUCGAGACGGCCCAGAAGAAGUGCCAGGAGGCCAUUAACGCUACUUGCAAAGGCGUGUCUUACUGCACAGGAAACAGCAGUGAGUGUCCCCCUCCGGGAAAUGCAGCUGAUGACACGGUGUGCCUGGAUCUGGGCCGGUGCAAGGACGGCAAGUGUGUCCCCUUCUGCGAGCGGGAGCAGAGGCUGGAGUCGUGCGCGUGUAAUGAAACCGACAACUCAUGCAAGGUGUGCUGCAGGGACCCCUCGGGCCGGUGCGUGCCCUACGUCGACGCCGAGCAGAAGAACUUAUUUUUGAGGAAGGGAAAGCCGUGUACAGUAGGAUUCUGUGACAUGAAUGGCAAGUGUGAGAAGCGAGUGCAGGACGUCAUCGAGCGGUUUUGGGAGUUCAUUGACAAGCUGAGCAUCAAUACUUUUGGGAAGUUUUUAGCAGACAACAUCGUAGGCUCCGUCCUGGUUUUCUCCUUGAUAUUUUGGAUCCCUUUCAGCAUUCUUGUCCACUGUGUGGAUAAGAAGCUGGACAAGCAGUAUGAGUCUCUGUCUCUGUUCCACCCCAGUAACGUCGAGAUGCUCAGCAGCAUGGAUUCAGCCUCAGUUCGCAUCAUCAAGCCCUUCCCUGCGCCCCAGACCCCAGGCCGCCUGCAGCCCCUGCAGCCCCUGCAGGCCGCCCCCGCCCCGCCCUCCGGGCCUGCGGGGCCCGUGGCUCUGAAAGCGGACCACCAGCGGAUGGACACCAUCCAGGAGGACCCCAGCACGGACUCGCAUGUGGACGAAGACGGCCUCGAGAAGGACCCCUUCCCAAGUAGCAGCACCGCCGCCAAGUCGUUUGAGGACCUCACGGACCACCCGGUCACCAGAAGUGAGAAGGCCUCGUCUUUCAAGCUGCAGCGGCAGAGCCGCGUGGACAGCAAGGAGACCGAGUGCUAAGUCAGGGCUGCGUGCGUGCUCUGAGGGAGCGUGCGGAGUGUCCCUAUAGAUUUGACCUCAAAUCACUGCAUAUAUUUUGUGAAGAUUUGGGAGAAAGAAGGAAGUGACUUCUCAGCAGAUGCCGGUCAUGUGUUUGGACUUCCUCUGCAUACGUAAUACUUGUGUGGUUAGGCCCUUUUCCUUUUGAAGAGGUAAGGUGAAUCUAGCUUAUUGUGAGGCUUUCAGGUUUUAGUUUUUUUUGGUCGUUAAAAUAUCCUUCAACCUGUGGUGCAAAAGCAGAAACUACAGCUGGAUUAGGUUAUGAAUAUUUACGUUUUUGUAAAUUAACCUUUUCUAUUGAGAACAGCACUGACUAGGGAGAUGACCCAUUGUUUCAUACACUGUACUCAGCUGGUGGCCUUAACGAGGCAGUUAGCAGUUUCUCGUGAGGAUGACUGGAACACAGAAUAGACUUAUCUUUUUGCCUUCAAGCAAAGACAAAGGGUUAUAAAACCAAGUCACACCUUCUCCAAAAUGUGGGUUCUGCUGCUGAGUAUGACCCAGGAUUUUUAGCAGAUGGGAGAAUUAACACAUCUAAAUUUAGGAAUAUGUUGGGUUAAUGUUUCUUUGUAAUUCUAAAUUUUUACAGUUUCUAAUUUUUAGAAUUAAAGCAAUCUAGCUUACAGUGAGGGUUACAAAUUGCAGCCAGAUGAAUUCACAGAAUCCUGCCCAUUGUCUAGGGUCCUCAUUAGCUGGGCGGCUCUUCUGUGUUCUGUAAGUAUCUUCAUGUAUGUGAUACUGCUCUUAAACUCACCAUUCAGAAAACCUAAGCUACUUCAGAGUAAGAGUAUGGUCACCUCUUCUCAAACACUAGUGGCCAAGAGGGCACGUGAGACAGUUCUCGCCAAAAGAACAGGGUGUGGUGUGCCGGCCUGGGGUUUCAUCCCCACACAGCUGAUUCCUAAAACACAUUGGUAUUGACCCGAAUUACUUCUUGCUUUAGUGCUUCAGGAUGGUCUGCAUUUACUGUGUGAAGGACGAAAACCAUCAGAUUGAAUUCUGAUUUCCUUUUAAAAGCUUUUUUCCCCUGCUAAGAGUACUGAAAUGUGCUCACCAGCCAACACAUCUUAACUGAGAUAACUCGUAAGCUUCGAGGGCAAUCAACCAAACCUGUGAUAAAUCGUAUCUUUUUUCUAAGGACCGUUUGUUACGCAGAUACCUGUUACACUAAUACUUGAACUUGUAUCUCGUGGUAUUUGCUGUCUUUUAACUCGUCAAAAUAUUCUUACAUUUUAGUUACCCUUUUGGAAUCUGAUAGGUGAGUGGGGUGUGUGGGUGUAUGUGUGAGUGAAAUGGUUCCCAGAUGGAUGUAAGAAAACCAUUUUUUAUAAAAUUGUGACUUUUUAAGAAAACAAAA